AUGGAGAAGUACAGCACUGACAAAGAGCCCGUUACCGUCACCGCUCCGGACUCCGAUCUGGGACUCGCCGCAGGGCUCACGCACGAGGGUGAACUCCUGUCGCUGGAAUCUCUGGAUCCAGCUCUGGCCGCAAAGAUCAGCCUGCUGAACGAUGCAAUUGACGAUAUCGGCUUCACUGGCUAUCACGCCAAGCUGUUCUGCCUCAACGGCUUUGGGUAUGCGGCUGACUCGUUGCUGACCUUCCUCCCAAGUAUCACAGCAGGCAGCGUCGUUGCGGAAUACCACCCGAACUACACUCGAGCCGGUCAGCUCUCCCUGUACAUCGGUCUCGUAGUCGGGGCACUUUUCUGGGGCUGUUCUGCGGACAUCAUAGGCCGCAAAUGGGCUUUCAAUAUCACCCUGUUCCUCAGCUCUGUCUUUGCCAUUGUGGCCGGUGCUGCGCCGAACUAUGCCUCUUGGGGUGCUUUCAAUGCGCUCUCAGCCUUCGCCGCUGGAGGCAACCUGGUCCUCGAUACCACGGUCUUCCUGGAGUACUUGCCACAUUCGAAGACUUGGGUCGUGACCCUUAUGGCUGCCUGGUGGGGUGUUGGCCUGACUUUGGGAGGGCUUAUUGCGUGGGGUUUCUUGCCAAAUUUCAGCUGCGCUGCCACUGCAGACAUCUGCACCAAAUCUCAGAACAUGGGUUGGCGCUAUGUCUACUUCACCGCAGGCGGUGUUGUACUUCUUAUGAGCCUCCUCCGAGUUACCGUGAUUCGAUUUCAUGAGACACCAAAGUAUUCCUUGUGCCGGAAUGACGAUCAGUACGUCGUUGCGACCCUGCGCAUGAUUGCACAGAAGUAUAAUCGACCCUUUACUCUCACCGUUGAACAGCUUCAGGGCUGUGGACGAGUGAACACUGCACACGCUUCAACCAGGUUCUCCUUCUCCGAGCUGGCUGUUCACUACCGGGGACUGUUCAUGACACGAAGGUUUGGCCUCUCCACUGCGCUCGUUUGGACAUCCUGGGCGUUGAUCGGCCUCGCAUAUCCACUGUUUUAUAUUUUCUUACCGGAAUACCUGGCGAGCCGUGGCGCAGAUUUCGGCGAAUCUUCAGCAUAUAUAACUUGGAGAAAUUACGCCAUUACCAACUCUCUGUGCAUCCCCGGCCCCAUAAUUGCCGGCUUCCUUUGUCAAAUGAAGCGCUUCGGUCGGAAAUACACAAUGGUUUUCGGCGGCCUCAUUUCAAUGGCAUUCCUUUUCGGGUACACUGCCGUCCGAAGUGCGGAUGAAAAUCUGGGAAUCUCAUGUGCAAUCAGUGUCGCCAUUAACAUAUAUUACGGGACGUUGUACGCAUAUACCCCGGAGGUGCUUCCGUCCGCGCAUCGCGCAACGGGAAACGGAACGGCGGUCGGUUUCAACAGAAUUAUGGGCAUUGUGUCUGUGAUCGUCGCUACGUUCGCAGACACCUCGACUUCUGUGCCAGUCUAUCUGUGUGCGGCGCUGUUUGGCGUUAUGGCUUUGGUGGCUGCGUUGUUUCCGUUCGAGCCUGCCAGGGGUCGAAGUGUGUGA